AUGUCAGCAGAAACAGGACUACAACCGGAGAUGGCAAACGUCGACCGACCCAAUGAAGACCUGCCUGUCGCCGCUGAACAAAGUGAUGAUCUUUUUGGCGAGGAACCCAUCGGAGAUUCCGUCGACGAUGUUGUCAAGGCACCUCUAGACAACACUCUCGAUGGUGCUGACGCGGUGAAGCCGGCGCCGGCUGCUACUGACCUUUCCGCAAAUGGCCCUCCGACCCCCGCCGAUUCACAGACUGUUGACGGUCCACCUACGUCCGACGCUGCUCCAGUGACAGAACAGUCUUCCGGCAUCGAAGGUGUUGCUAAGUACAUUCCAUCUGACGCGAACCUUGACCAGCCCGUCGUCUCACCGUCAGAGCCGCUUGGCGACGGUGAAGCGCACAUCACCGAGGACACUGAGAUCACUGACGCACCUUCACUUGCGACUGAGGCUGAGACUCACUCUACCACCACUGUGCCGGAACCUCAAGUGACUGAAGAUUCAGGCGCCGCCGCGAUCAAUGGUGUUGUUGCCUCCAACCCCGACUCAAAUCAAGCNCUCAACCACAGAACUUUCCAACAGUGUUGCCGACCAGUCAAAACCCGACGAUCUUAA